UCGGCGCGUUCACGUGAUUCAAACAGUCACCGCGCAUCAACGGAUCUUUCUGCGAUUCCUUUGUUUGGAGUAGACCGCAGCACAACGAUGGAUGCGAGCCUGCUUUUUUUGCUUUUUGAUCACGGAGGAGAGAGGCGACUUCGAGAACAACGGGACCCGUUCGCCAUGUCCGACGAGUCUUUUCGGCGGCACUUUCGCCUUUCGAAAACGACGGCGAUGUGGCUGUGCGAGCAGUUAUCGGACGACCUGGCGCGCGAGAGAGAAGGGCUCACCGUUCAAGAUCAGGUGAUUUGCGCCCUUCGGUUUUAUGCUACCGGUGGCUUCCAAACGGCUGUCGGUAGCGAAGCCACCGUAUCGCUGUCCCAGCCGUCUGUCAGCCGCUGCGUUCGCGCGGUAUCGGAAGCGAUCGUCCGUGUCGGCACCGAACAGCGCUGGGUGUCGUUUCCGCGUACGAGAUCGGAGAUAGCGCUCGUCAAGCAAGGUUUCUUGCGGAGCGGCAACAUCUCUGACGUCGUGGGAUGCGUGGACGGCACCUACAUCGCUAUAGCCGGCCCGGACCUGCCCCCAGCCGAGAAGCAGACGUACUGGUGUCGGAAGGGAUACUACGCGCUGAACACCAUGGUGGUGUGCGACUCGAACAUGCGAGUGCUGGCCAUCGACCCUCGCUUCGCCGGCUCGUGUCACGACGCAUACGUAUGGCGUGGCUCAGCCCUUCGGAGCAUUUUCGCCGACACCGAAAUCGUCCACAGAGGAGAGUUUCUCCUUGGCGACAGUGCAUAUCCACUGGAGCCAUGGCUCAUCACGCCGGUUCCGGGACAUCCCGCGCUAUCGUCUCCGGAGGGCCGUUUUAAUCAAGCUCACGCGUCGAUGAGGUCUGUGGUGGAGCGCUGCAUCGGCCUUAUGAAGAGUCGGUUCCGCUGCUUGCAGCGUUAUCGUGCGCUGCAGUACUGCCCCGCUGUAGCGGAAAAGAUUGUCGCGGCUUGUGCAGCGCUGCAUAACUUAUGUCUCGACGCCAGCGAGCCGCUUCUUGACGACGACAGCAACAUUGCCGGUGAGGAUGACGACGACGACGAGGACGACGCCUUGCCAAGUGAUGACGGCGGUCCGACCCGUGGCGGCAGAACGCUGUACGCAAGGGGAAAGGCCACACGGGACAGGCAAAUUGCACUGUAUGGCAUCAGCCGCAAUGCACAUUUGCUGCACAUUCAGCGAGCUCGCCGUCGAGCGCAACGUCACGCACUGGACAGCUAGAAAGUUAUGCACAAUGAGCUUGCUUCCGGCACGGCGCCACAUGUGCGUCACUGUGCUCCGUGUGGUGGGACUACAGUUACUCGCAAUUUUUCUCCUUCACUGUGUUUGGGCUGCAGCAAGCAGUUUACUGCCUCUGAGACGCAACACCUGUGUGUCGUGCAGUGUGGGUACACGUACUCGCAGUUUAACUUGUGUGCUGUGUUUUGGCUGAAGCUAGCAGUUUACUGCCUCUGAGACGCGACACCUGUGUGGCUGUGUGUCGUGCAGUGUGGGUACACGUACUCGCAGUUUAACUUGUGUGCUGUAUUUUGGCUGAAGCUAGCAGUUUACUGCCUCUGAGACGCGACACCUGUGUGGCUGUGUGUCGUGCAGUGUGGGUACACGUACUCGCAGUUUAGCUUGUGUGCUGUGUUUUGGCUGAAGCUAGCAGUUUACUGCCUCUGAGACGCGACUCCUGUGUGGCUGUGUGUCGUGCAGUGUGGGUACACGUACUCGCAGUUUAGCUUGUGUGCUGUGUUUUUGGCUGAAGCUAGCAGUUUACUGCCUCUGAGACGCGACACCUGUGUGGCUGUGUGUCGUGCAGUGUGGGUACACGUACUCGCAGUUUAGCUUGUGUGCUGUGUUUUGGCUGAAGCUAGCAGUUUACUGCCUCUGAGACGCGACACCUGUGUGGCUGUGUGUCGUGCAGUGUGGGUACACGUACUCGCAGUUUAGCUUGUGUGCUGUGUUUUUGGCUGAAGCUAGCAGUUCACUGCCUCCGAGACGCGACACCUGUGUGGCUG